AUGCGCAGGGCCGGGCGGCAGAAAGACCGGGAGGACGUUGAAGAGCAAGAGGAGGAAGAAGGAGGAGGCGGCGGCGAGGGAAAGAAAAUGGCGUCGACGGAUUAUAGUACCUACAGCCAAGCAGCAGCAGCCCAGCAAAGCUACACAGCCUAUGCAGCUCAGCCAACUCAAGGAUAUGCACAGACCACCCAGGCCUAUGGGCAGCAAAGUUAUGGGACUUACGGACAGCCUACUGAUGUCAGCUACACCCAGGCUCAGACAACUGCGACUUACGGGCAGACUGCAUAUGCAAGUUCUUACGGGCAGCCUCCAACUGGCUAUACUGCUCCAGCUGCCCCCCAAGCUUACAGUCAGCCUGUCCAAGGGUAUGGAACUGCUGCUUACGAUGCAACCACAGCCGCAGCUACUACCACCCAGGCUUCUUAUGCUGCGCCAUCUACUUAUGGGACCCAGCCUGCCUACCCCACUUAUGGGCAGCAGCCAGCAACAUCUACAGCUGCAAGACCCCAGGAUGGCACUAAGCCUGCUGAGACUAGCCAGCCUCAAUCGAGUACAACAGGCUACAGCCAACCCAGUCUAGGAUAUGGACAGAGUAACUACAGUUAUCAGGUGCCUGGCAGUUAUCCCAUGCAGCCAGUUACUGCACCUCCAUCCUAUCCUCCCACCAGCUAUUCCUCAUCACAGCCAAGUAGUUAUGAUCAGAGCUCUUACUCCCAGCAGAGCACCUAUGGGCAGCAAAGCACCUAUGGGCAGCAAAGUAGCUACGGACAGCAGUCGAGCUACGGACAGCAGCCCCCCACUAGUUACCCACCUCCAACUGGAUCCUACAGCCAGGCUCCGAGCCAGUACAGCCAACAGAGCAGCAGCUAUGGGCAACCAAGUUCAUUCCGUCAGGACCAUCCCAGCAGCAUGGGUGUGUAUGGCCAGGAUUCUGGAGGCUUUUCAGGCCCAGGAGAAAACCGGAACAUGAGCGGCCCUGAUAGUCGGGGCAGGGGCAGAGGGGGCUUUGAUCGUGGAGGCGUGAGCAGAGGUGGGCGGGGAGGAGGCGGCCGCGGCGGAAUGGGCAGCGCUGGAGAGCGAGGUGGCUUCAAUAAGCCUGGUGGACACAUGGAUGAAGGACCAGAUCUCGAUUUAGGCCCAUCUUUAGACCUAGAUGACGAUGCUGACAACAGUUCAGUGUAUGUUCAGGGGCUGACUGACAGUGUGACCCUGGAGGACCUAACGGAUUUCUUCAAACAAUGUGGCGUUGUCAAGAUGAACAAAAGAAAUGGACAGCCAAUGAUAACAAUCUACCUUGACAAGGAUACAGGAAAGGCAAAAGGGGAUGCGACUGUGUGCUAUGAUGACCCGCCCACAGCCAAAGCAGCUAUAGAAUGGCUUGAUGGUAAAGAUUUCCAGGGGAGCAAACUUAAAGUCUCUCUUGCUCGGAAGAAGAUGCCACUAAACAGCGUGAGAGGAGGGAUGCCUCCUCGUGAGCCACGUGGCAUGCCUCCCCCUCUCCGAGUUCCUGGUGGGCCAGGUGGUCCCGGUGGUCCAAUGGGCCGCAUGGGAGGCAGAGGUGGUGACAGAGGAGGUGGCUUUGCACCAAGAGGACCACGAGGAUCGAGAGGAAACCCUUCUGGCGGAGGAAAUGUCCAACACCGAGCAGGAGACUGGCAGUGCCCCAAUCCGGGCUGUGGAAACCAGAACUUUGCCUGGAGAACAGAAUGCAACCAGUGCAAGGCUCCUAAACCAGAGGGCUUUCUUCCCCCACCCUUCCCCCCUCCAGGUCCUGGAUUCUUGCUUGGAAAACCGCCUCCACUUAGAGGGCUCAUAUACGGGACAAAUUAUAGUGGUGGUGACCGUGGCAGGGGUGGCCCUGGUGGCAUGAGAGGAGGCCGAGGAGGCCUCAUGGAUCGUGGCGGCCCUGGAGGAAUGUUCCGAGGUGGCCGCGGUGGAGACCGAGGCGGAUUCAGAGGUGGCCGGGGCAUGGAUCGAGGUGGCUUUGGAGGGGGCCGCCGAGGAGGACCUGGGGGCCCACCUGGACCGCUUAUGGAGCAAAUGGGAGGCAGAGGCGGCAGACGUGGAGGACCAGGAAAAAUGGACAAGGGAGAGCAUCGCCAGGAGCGCAGAGACAGGCCCUACUAGAGGCAGCCGACCCCUUUCCCCCCUGCAGGACUGCAUUUACUACCAGAUUUAUUUUUUAAACCAGAAAAUGUUUUAAAUUUAUAAUUCCAUAUUUAUAAUGUUGACCACAACAUUAUGAUUAUUCCUUGUCUGUACUUAGUAUUUUUCACCAUUUGUGGAGAAAACAUUAAAACAAAGUCAAAUGGUAGUGUGCUGAGUUAUUCUUUUUCUUUUUUUCCUUUUU